AAAGAUAAUAGAAAACCCACAAAGCAGGGGGCUCCUCGGCAGCUCGGCUACACAGAGAGGAUUGAAUGAGUGAGAAUCAUGUGAUUCGCCACCUCUUUCUUUUCUAUGAAUCCAAACAACCAUAAAUUUAUCCACCAACAAGCAGUAUUUUUCUUUUUCGUUUCUUUUGGAGGGUAGGUCUGUUUGCUUUGUUUUGUUUGGGGAUGGCUUCAAAUGCUUCAAGGUUCAUCAAAUGUGUGACAGUGGGAGAUGGGGCUGUUGGGAAGACAUGUAUGCUUAUUUGCUAUACAAGCAACAAAUUCCCUACUGACUAUAUACCCACGGUGUUUGAUAAUUUCAGUGCAAAUGUUGUCUCUGAAGGCACCACUGUCAACUUAGGCCUGUGGGACACUGCUGGGCAAGAAGAUUAUAAUAGAUUAAGGCCCUUGAGCUACAGAGGGGCAGAUGUCUUUGUACUCGCUUUCUCCCUCGUUAGUCGGGCGAGUUAUGAGAAUGUAUUUAAAAAGUGGAUCCCUGAACUUCAGCAUUUUGCUCCUGGAGCUCCAAUAGUACUUGUUGGCACUAAAUUGGAUCUUCGAGAAGAUAAGCAUUAUUUGGCUGAUCAUCCUGGAUUGGUACCUGUGACCACCGCACAGGGUGAGGAACUCCGUAAACAGAUUGGUGCUUUAUAUUACAUUGAAUGCAGCUCAAAAACUCAGCAGAAUGUGAAAGCAGCUUUUGAUGCUGCAAUCAAGGUAGUCAUAAAACCGCCACAGAAACCGAAGGAGAAGAAGAAACAGCCACGGCGAGGAUGCACAUUAAAUAUCUUUAGUGGGAGGAGGCUGCUGUGUUUGAAAUGAAGUUCAUCGUCGUUUGGAAUAUAGAUAUCCUUCCCCAUGCAUAAUUUCCGACAUGCUAGGCUGCCUCUCAAAGAUUCUUCAGACAGUACUCUUCGUAUUCUUUUUUAAUACUGAUACUUCUUAUGGUAGAUAUGCAGCAUCUGUUUUCCAGAGAGCGCCAUACUUCUUGUUAUAGUUACCUAGACGAUUUUGUAUUGCUUAAGAUGUAUGUAUAUGAACUCAUUGUGAAGAGUUGAAAGCUCAGUGCCCAUGUAAGAUUGUUGAUUAGCUGCAUUUCAGACGCUGUUUAAUUGAUAAACUGCGUCCAUGUUGUUUUCGGUCUUAAUGGAGAAAUGAAGGUCUGACAUUUUAUGGAUUCAAA